ACCCGUGUACCGAAAGUGGGUGAUGAGGGCAAGUGGAGGCGCGUGUGGUUACAGCCGUCAGAAACAGGCACGCCGACCUGUUGUCGGUGUCUGCGUCUGGGAGGCCUGCCAGUGGUCGACAUUCUACUGACGGAGCGUCGCACCGGUUGAACAUGGCGCUGGCAAUACCAGCCUGUGCCGAUGACGUCACGGACGGCUGGUUGGAGCAGGUUCUCCGACGUCGCCAUGGCAACGAGUACAAGCUGACCAGCACCGAACAAUCAUCAAUCGUCGGGACCCAGGCGGUCUUGUGCAGCGAGAUGCGCUGUGUCUCGUGCCGGGGUCAGCUCGGGUCAAAGUCGAUCACCGACCACCUGGUGGCCAAGCUGUUGCCGCGCGACCCCACGAUGCGUUCCAUGGUGACGUCGCUGAACAUGCCGCAACGCGAAACGCCAGUGUACACGGACUUGCUACCGAAGCUGUCUGCAUUCGAGCGGAGCCACGGUCGUGACGUCAUCGCGGCCAUGACCGUGACCUGUCUGCACGCGGCGAUUAGCGCCGACGGCGAUGACAGGCUCCGCUCCGUCAUCCUGCUCGAGAAUCUGCAGCCGGCCGGCUUCUGGACGCCCGGUCCGACGCAGCUGCCCGAGGACGCACUGCCAGAGGCCGUACGUCAGAUGGCGCGACUGGCGGCGACAUCUAACGUAUGGCUCCGGCACUGCAACUUGCGCUCUCUACCGUACCUUUUCUCGACGCAGCUGGAAAGGGACCACCUAGCGCAACACUUUAUCGGGAUUGGCGUACAGAAGAUAGAGACCAGGCUGCGUGAGCGCGGCCAACAAGCCCUGUUGCAGAAGCUGCAGCGCAUGCAGGAGAUCGCCAACGAGCUCAUCAGCCGCGAGCUGCAGCCCCGAGACGACCACCUGCGCGUCAUCACCCAUGGUGACUUCCGCGACGGCAACCUCUUGCUGAAGCGGCUGCCGGUCGGCGGCUGGGACGUCCGGCUCAUUGACUGGCAGGUGUCGAUGCUGAGCCACCCGGUCGUCGACCUCGUCUACCUGCUGAUGCUCUCCUUGCCGCGCGAGGUGAUGGCGCGAUGCGAGGCGGCGGCGCUGCGCACCUACUGCGCCGAGUUCGCUGCGUGCACCGCCGCGCUGGGCGCCGACGGCGGCCUCUCGCUGGAAAAGCUGAACGCCGACUUCCGUCGGGCGAAGCUACUUGGGCUGAUGUGGUGCCUGAGUCUGGCCACCUUCUGGGACUGGGUGGCCGCUUGGCCCGACCACUGCAUCGACAUCGCCGAGGAGGUGGACCGGCUGGGUCUGCUGGACGGGCUCGUGGACCAGCAGCCGUCGGGGUCCGGAUAGGCGCGCGUGCCGGGCUUGGCGAGGUGUUAGGCUCGACUAGACUUGACUUCGGCAGGUGGUGGGCGAGCGAGACUGGCGCGGU